GAGAUGCAGCAACGGGACGAGGUUUCAGGGCAGGGCAGGGCAGCGCAGAGCGACUGAGAUGAGUGUGCGAGAGACGGGGAGGAAGGUGCGUCUGGAUGGAGGCCAGCUGCUGGGUCGCCAUUAAGGACAGCCAGGCCCGAUAGCGGCCGCGGGCCAUGGAAUUGUCGAACAAAUCAGUUGAUUGGUGACGCAGGGAGUAGACGAGCAUGGAGUAAGAGAAGAAGGAAUGAAUGCAGUGCGGCUCAGUGCAUUGGACUGCCUGUCUGGCGCAGGGGCGGGCGAUGAAAACAGAGUAGUGGAGAGACGAGAAGAGCGAGAAGAGGGGAGGAGGGAAAUGAGCUGUGCCGCGCAGUAGCGAAGAAGGUUUUGACAGACAGGGAAGAGAAGUGGUCUUGCGCCGGGGCAAAGAGUCGCUAACAGCAGCUGGCGUUUACAAGGACUGAUUCUGCAAGGAUCGAUUCUUUCAUCGAUGAAUGAAAGUAGAGAGAGAGAGAGAGCAUUGUCUCGGUAUCUCAUAACUCGGUUAGGGGUUGUGGAAGAAGUACCUGAGUAGCAGGUAUAGCGCGCAACGUCGGCGUGUGGGAUUCCGCUUCAGAAAACAGACUAGGAACGAAGGGUAAUUUGAUUUGAUGCUUACUUCAUCGGCUGCUCUCUCGCUCUCUCUCUCUCUCUCUCUUGUUUCCAGGAGGAUUACAAGGCGAACGGGGUGAAGCGAAGCCGGAGAAGUAAGGUUUAGGUGGCCAGGAUAGAGUUAAAUGCACAGCAGGCAGGGGCCGACCGUCAUAUUUUGUGGUUAAUCACGUCCUGUGUAUGCGACGUUCUGCAUGCGUAACACCCAACGUUAGCAUGCCCCGUAAUUCGUUCCACCAAAUGUGGAGGCAGAUCUACCGUUUCUAUCUGCUUUGCCAUCCUCGAAGCUGACCGAUGUUCACACCGUGUUGUUCCUGCGAGGAGUUGGUAUCUACGAUCUGUGUGGCCAUGUCUCUAGCUGUUGAGUGCAAACCAGGUUGAGCUACACUGACAGACAUGAUUGUUCGGAUGUGAUAGGAAUUUUAGAGAGAGAGAGAGAGAGAGAGAGAGAGAGAGAGAGAGAGAGAGAGAGAGAGAGAGAGAGAGAGAGAGAGAGAGAGAGAGAGAGAUGAGUAAAGCACGGUGAUCGGUCUCGAGGAGGACAGAGAAUGGGAUGCGCAAGGCACCCUUAUGAGGGUACAGUAGGAGUAUGCGCAUCGUGUGUCAGCGAUAGGUUGAACAAGGAGACACCGACGUCGGACAGGGGGCGAUUUGCGAAAAGCAGCAGUCUAUCAGAGGAUUAUUUCUUGUGGAAAGAAGGGGCAUCGACGUCGUCGUCCAUCAGCAGGCACGGGCUGACCAAAGGUGGCAGAAUUGUGGACACCAUCGCAUCUCUCAUCAAAACAGACUACGCCAUCCCCACCAAUUAUGAGGGGCCCCGGGGCAGAGAUCGCGCACACCACAGGGACAGGGAGCAUUCCAUCAGGUCCAUUGCCAGCGUUGAGCAGAGAGUUUUCGAGGCGUCCCGCAAAGCCACGAAGGCCCUGGCAAUGCCCGCCCUCGACAACGAGGACGGCGAUGCCCGCCGAUUCGACAUGUCCGACGCGGCCAAGCCCACGUCCAUGUCUAUGUCCAUGGAGCAACGCAAGGCUAGCGCUAGCAGCAGCAGAGAAAUAUGUGAAAUCAGCGCAGCCGAGCCCCCGCCCGCCGAGAGAGAGCCCGGGCAGACCAUCCACUCGCUCAUGGACGCCGAGCCCAAAAGUGGCAAGUUCUCGCGCUCCACCAGCAAGGGAAGUCCGGCCUCCUACUUCUCUCGCUCGGGCAGCAAGAGGCAGUCGUGGACUGUGUUCUGGAAAUCUGAGAAGAAGGAUGACUACGGCGCUGCGGGCGCCAGACCGGGCGCAGGUGCAGGCGAAGGGCUGAGGUCCGUCAGCGAUGCCCACGAGCGAGCGAGCUCCCGUCCCGUCUUCAACAGCGUCGACAUGUGCGACUUUCGCAGCCGGCGCUAUUCGGAAUCGAGCAGCAGAAGCCAUCAUCAGCUCGGCGGGGGCAGAUCGAGCCGACGAGACGACGUCAGCUUCUCGACGCUGGUUUCUGUGGAGGAGGGUUGCAAGCGCUUGGCUGACUACGACAUCGUGGAUCGGGAUAGGGACAGGGUGAGGGACAAGGACAGAGCAGAUUGGCGCUCGGAGCAGCAGCAGCGCAAGACCAGCGCAGCAGCAGCAGCAGCGAGUCAUAGCUACGAGAGGAAUCGCAGUUGGGAGCAGCUUGGGCUGGCAAAGCUCCCGUUCGCUUCGGUGUACGCAGCGCCUACCAGUAGCAAUCACGUCCACCACCAUCACCAUCACGGCAGCGGGCGCAACCUGUGGAAGAUAGGCAAGAAGAAGGUCGUAAAGGGCGAGAGCAAAGCCGAUGCUCAUCAGUGCUACCCGCUGACGGUGCCUCACGACGAAGAUUUAGGUCAGUCGAGUGGCAGGCCGACGCCAUGCACGAACAGCUGUUUCCCACAAUCGGGAGGGAAGCACCACAACAUCAACGCCGCUCUCAGAAGAGAGGACGCGCACGUUUCGCACGAGAAGCUGCGGCACCGGAGGCUGUCGAUUUACUCGUAUGGAAUCAUGAGCCAACCACAAUUGACGGGAUUGGACUCGCAGCUGUCCUUGUCCGUGCCACCGGGUGGAACCGGCCGGAGCAGGGCCGCUCGACCCUACAUGUAUAAUGGCAGGCAGCGAGACCACAGAGACUCGUACUUUCCCAAUGGCCGAAUCUCUGUGGAUUACUGGGACGGAGACGAGUCCAUGAGCCUGUGCGAUCACUACGUGGAAGUCUCCCACCCCGGAGAUGGCGGCACCGGCGGAAUCAUCGACUUCAUCCCGGUGUCGGAAGCUCAGAAGAAAGCGUACGACUGGGUGGAGAGGAGCAAAAUUGAAGGCAACAGAAGCCCCCCGAGUUGGAUCGACCGCAGUAGCGGAGGCGGCGGGGGAGGCGAGCCCAUGAAUUUGGAGGAUGAUGACGACGACUCCCUGGCUUCUGGCUCGGCGGAUAUCAAUUUCCUCGGCAAGGAGGAGCUCACCACGGUGUUCGAGCAGGAUUCCGACAGUGGGUAUGGGGAAGAGUAUGCCACGGGCCGGAGUGGUGGCGAUGCAGAGGCCGGUCGUAGAGAAACAGGCGAUCACUUCCACGAUGGCCAUAACGAGGACGAGGAAUUGGCCUGUACACAAUCCCCGAAUUCGCGUCCUUCCGACGAAUUUCCGAAUUCCAGGCUUGCGAAAGGCAAGAGCGUCAUCUCGGAGAUUGAAGAACUCGACCAGGUGGAUAGAAUCGAGCAGAACGGAGGAGCAUUAGCAUUAGCGGCAGCGGCAGAAGCGCAGCUUUCGACCCGAAGCGUCAGCGAUGCGGGCUCGUACGCCCGGGAAAGCACGGACUCCGAGAUCGUUCCUGCCAGAAACUCUUUGCGGUCGUUGUUUUACAUGGACGGAGACGAAGUGGACGCAGGGCAGGGCCGCCACGAGCUUCUGGAAGGCCGGGCCUACAAGCCCGACAACGCAUAUGAGCCCGGGGACGACAUGGGCGAUGGCGACUGGACCCCCGAGGCUGCGGAUGCCGAUCACAAAGACGAUAGCCUUGGCCACCACAACGGCGCCAGCGCCAAGCGCAGCCCCUGGAAGAACAUCACCAUGUCGCCCUCCAUGCGCAGGAAGUUUCUCUGGCCUCGAUCCUCCCCGCAGCCGCACAUUCGCCGGAGCGGGGACGCACCAGCCGCAGCAGGAGGAGGGAUGUUCGGCAGCGGCCAUCACCAGAACCAUCAUCACCACACGCCGUCGUUCUCGGACACGGACUCGCAGAAGGCCCGGCCCAGGUCUCCCACAUCCACCAACGACAACACGUCGUCGACUCUGAAUUUGGCCACCGAGGGCACCGAGGGAGAGGGAGGCCGAGGGGAAGGGCCUCCGGGGCCUUUCGGGGACGAGUUCACGAAUGGCACCGCGAGCGAGACGGUGCUGUCGCAUGCGGAAGUGGACGAGUGCUCACCCAAGUCGAGCCCGCCCAAGUCCUCGCUCUCGCGCAGCAGCAGCCAGCAGAGGGCGUCUCUAUCGAGAUCCAGCAGCAAGAGUCCUCAGAGAACGUUGUCCCGCAAUAGCAGUAGGCGUAGUCGAAGCAGCUCGUGGAGUUCAUGCUUGACGGAUCCUGCCUGGUCCGCCCAGACCGUGCCGUCCAAGAAAAAUGGGGAGACUGGCUCUUUCGAGAAGGAAGGUCGAUUCUCGUCCCUCAUCCGAUUGGGCAAGAGGUUGAGCCGUCGUUCUUCACCGGUCAACAACAGCUUCAAUACCAGCCCCUGGCGCAGUUUCUCCAAAGCUUCACCUCAACGUGGAGUGAACACGAGGUGAAUGGAAUGGAAUGGAAUGGCAUCGAAACGAAUCAGAACGAACGGAGCGGGCUCCAGUUGAUUGAUUGUAGAGAUGAGUUUGGAUUCGCUCAUUCAUUCAUGCAUUGCACGAUGACAACUCCAGAGCAGAGUCUGAGCACAGAGUACUAAAUGCCUCCUUCCUUAUUUACAUACUUCCAUUCCAUCGUUUGACAUGACGACCUUUAGGUGAGUGAUCAUCUUGAGAAGAGAAAGAGGAGGGAGAGAGAAAGAGUGAGAGAGAGAGAGUGUGGGGGCCAGGGCCAGAACUAACCACGAAAUACCGCUUACCGCUUACGUAUGAGCAAUUUUGAACCUGCAAGAAAGAGAUUUCUGAUCAUCAUGGAAAUUAGUUCCGUCGUCCCUUUAGCACUAGAGGCAUGAUUCAUUCCAUCUACACAGGGUUCCUCCUUCGCAACAUGAAACUUGUUCGCCCACGAGGCAGAGGCAGAGGCAUAGGCCAGGGGAUGGUCAUUUGUCAGGAUCGAGGGUUGCAUCUGUGGCGAAGGGUCACCAUCGAGUGUGGUCUAAAUCCGAAGUGUGACCGAAGCUGCCCUCCUGCCCACGAGCUUCGGCUCCCCUGUGUUGUGUACAAAACCAAAAUGGCCUGCUGCUGAUUUGAGAACGGGGUGAUAUUAAAAAUCUGUAUACACAAAACAUUGCAAUAUACUAAUUAAAGAGAAGGCUAGGAAUCCUUUUCUUGUACUUUAGCAUUACGGUCUAGUUAGAGAAUCAGUGCUGGAAUGACCUGUCGGAAAUUGCGUUUCAUGUGUUUCAUUCACUCUUCCAAACGAGCUACCGUCUCGUUCGAAAGCGCUGUAAUUCUUUGGGUUCCGCGUCCUUCAACCUUCAUUCAGUACUAAGUGGAGGAAGCAGAGGACGGUCAUUCCCUGUUCUAUGUACAUUAAAACUAUGGUUAUAACCAGCCGGCCAGGCGACUGACUGGAUAUUGAGAGC